AUGACAGAAUCUGAAGCGAAACGACACUCGGAGCGGAUCGCGGCACAGAAAGAGAAGGAAAAGAAGGGACAAGCGGAGAAGGAAAUGCUGCAGAAGGAAAUUGAGAUGGCAGCGAAACAAGGUCUCCCCGAGGAUGGAUCUCUCAUGUUCAAGAAGUUCACGUGGUAUUCCGGACCCUUCAAUAUCGAUCGCCAAGAAGUCUGGCAAAGAGAAGAAGAUGUCAAGGUCGGUGUCUGGGCAACCAAAGCACACUGGAAACCGAAGAAGUUCUAUCCUGGUCAGAUCUUGAGGAUCACACACACUUACCCCCACUCCAAUCUUGAGGCAAAGUACAGCGCAGAUCUUGGGGAGAUCGCCAUGACGGACAUUGAGCCUGUAGGUCUGAAGAUGCGCUGGGCCGUUGUAUUGUGGACCAGCUCGUUCGGCAUCUUUGUUCUACCGUAA